GCAGAGAGGGGAUUUUGCUCUGGGCGAAUCACAGAUACCAAAACCCAUUACCAUAAUUUUCAUUUCCGGCAAAUAUCUAACUUUUUUUCUCUUUCAUUUCACUGGUUUCCCUCUUUUCUUUUUGCUUAAAUUCACUGACUUCCUCUCCUUUUUCUCUUUUUCUUCUUCGUUCAUCUCUAUGUAUUUUUCACUUCCACUGCUCACGUACCCAGAGCAACCAACGUUCCGUUAGAGGCUUGGAAUCGGUCGUUCCGCAACAACAUCCCACGAAACCCACUAUUCGAUGCCGAAACGUAAAGCUGAUGACGCUGCUCCUUUGGCGAAGACUGAUAAAGAAUUUGGUCCUGAAAGCAAUGGAGCUGAUGCCGAUGGUAUAAAGGAGAAUAAUGAAGCUGAUGAUGCCAAGGAUGUCGAAAGGACGGAUAAGCAUUGCAACAGUUAUUGUGAAGGUGAUGAUAAUGAUGAUGAUGAUGAUUGUCAAUAUGAUGGUGAUGAUGGAACAGAAAAUGUAGUUAUCGACUACAAGAAAGGGCAACGGGAACUCACAAAGUACAUUUGCUCCACAGGAUUGCCAGAUAUUGUUUCUCUAGUGAAAAAUCUCUGUCCAUCGUUUCCGCUUGAUCUUCCUUCUAUCAGAGGCGAUUGCUUGCAAAUUUAUGAGAAAGAUAAGCUGAGGGUUAAACAUAUCUUGCGAAACAUGGAUGGACAAAUUAGUCUCUCAGUUGAUGUAUUGAGAUACUACACGUGUAGUGGAUCAGACAGUGUCUUCAUGUGCUUAGCAGCACAUUUUAUCGAUGACAGGUGGAAAUUAAAGAAGUGGGUUAUUGGUUUUCGGCGUCUUUGGUUUAAGAAGGGUGGAAUCCUUCAUUCUGCCACAUUAGAAACUGUGAAAGACUGGGACAUUGAGAGCAAGAUAUCCAGUCUUACUUUGGCAGAGAGCCAUUUGUAUGACGAAAUGGUUGAGGAAAUUAAAGAGAGUGUUCAACAAAAGAAGAAGCUCCAACUUGAUGGAAAACUAUUUUGUGUGAAGUGUUGUGCUGAGAUGUUUAAUCUAAUGGCGAAGGAUGCAUAUAAGGAGAUAACCGACAUCAUCAAUAAAGUUAGUUUAUUGAUUUCCUGGAAAUUUGCACCUGUAUGGUACCUCAAAGCUUGCAAGCUGAAGGAGGCUUUGGAGUUGAAUGCCAUGGACGAAUUUUCUCCGGAAAAGGUGUCAGAUUUUUAUGAUGUACCAUCUGCUGAUGAAUGGGAGAAAGUCAAAUGCAUUUGCAAGCUGGUUGAAAGUGCAGAAGCAAUAGCAAGGUCAAUAUUUGAUACCAAAUAUCCCACUGCUAACAUCUUUCUUUUUAAUCUCGAAGAGCUUCGGGCAAUUUUAUUCCAGGAAUCUAUAAGCUCAGAUAGUUUCACAAGCAAGGUGGCCAAGAAAAUGCUACAGACACUUGAUAAGUACUUGGAAGACAUGUUUUUCGUGUUGUCAAUCGCUUCUGUAAUGGAUCCCCGUCAUAAGAUGAGAUACAUAGACUAUCUCUCCUCCAAACGUGAAGUACAUGAUGGGAAAUCGCGAAGUGCGCUUGUUUUGGAUGCCAUUAGUAGCCUUUACAUUGAUUAUGUGAAUCAAGAUUUUGAGAAAGAGAAAUCUGUGAGUGAUUCAACUUCAUCUGAUUCGGAAGAGGAGUUAACAAGAAGCACGGAGAGAGGAGGUUCCAAAAAUUCGAACUGGUUGGAAGAGUAUAACCAGUUCACAGAAUCCAAUAAUAAGCCACCAAAGUCGGAUUUGGACCGGUAUCUGGAGGAACCGGUCUUGUCUUGGACCCAGGAUUUCAAUGUGUUGAAAUGGUGGAGAGCUGAAAGCCCCAAGUAUCCAAUCCUGUCUAAGAUGGCCCGUGAUUUUCUGGCUAUUCCAAUGUCUGUUGCUACUUCAGAUGAGGCUUUUAGCACAACACCAAGAGAGGUUGAAACACGGAUCAUGGCCUCUGGACCAGCCUUGAGGAAUGCCUUGAUGUGCACUCGAACAUGGGACUUAGAGGACUGAAACUGUUUCCGGUUUUUCUGCCUUGCUGGGUCAAGUUUUGCUAUCGCGAGGCUUAUAGUUCUUUCCCUAUCGGAAAUGGAGACCAUAAGUAGUUAUUGUUAUAGUUUCAGAAGCUGCAUAGUAUGUUAUAAUUUUGGGCAUUAUAUUUAGUUGUGGUAUUGCUCCGGGCUUGAUCAUAUACAAUAUGAUGCUGUUAGUUUAACUCAAUUGCUUGAGGGUGCGAACGCAUGUUUUGGUUUAAUUGUUUUGAAAUGUCAUUUGGGUUGACCUUUCAUUAGUUGUUGGAAUUAGACUUGGGUCUAUUAGUAGAGCUUAUUCGAAGUUUGGAGCCGAGUCGUUUAAGUUUUAUACUUGAGACAAUUCCUAUCAGUUAACUGUGAUGACUUGAAUCCAAAAUUGUGCCAUGCGAUCCAUUCUUCAGUUAAUGAGCACAUAAAUUGAAUCGGGUCUC